CCGGCCUGCGGCGACCGCGCUCAGGGUGCGACCCCCUCUCUGAGACGCCCCACCUGCUGCCAUGUGCCGCGCCUCGGAUACCCAGCCUAUCGUCAAACUUUCCGGGUGCCAGCCCGUCUCUGAGUCGCAUUUCUGAGCGAGUGUCCCAGGGACGGAGCACCCAGGCUGCCUGCCGACAAUCCGUUUCUCUCGGGAUCCGCGAAGCUUCUUUUUUAGAGAGUACUUUCCCUGGAACCAGAGCCCUAACCGUCCCUCCCCACCCUAUCUGGCGAAGAGCUGAGCGCUGCCUGCGGAGGCAGCGCCUUCCCGAAACAGUUUAUCUUUGGACAAAUUUAAGAGAAAAAGAAACCAACAGGUUGCCAGGCGCGGCGCCACACACAAGUCGGCGGAAAGGCCGGCCCGGUUUCCCCUGGCUGCGUGGGCCCCGCGCGGGCUGCGGCAGGCAAAGCGAGGGGAGGGAGGGGGCUAUGGCUCGGCCUGACCCGUCCGCACCGCCCUCGCUGCUGCUGCUGCUCCUGGCGCAGCUGGCCGGCCGGGCGGCGGCUGCCUCCAAGGCCCCCGUGUGCCAGGAAAUCACAGUGCCCAUGUGCCGCGGCAUCGGCUACAACCUGACGCACAUGCCCAACCAGUUCAACCACGACACGCAGGACGAGGCUGGCCUGGAGGUGCACCAGUUCUGGCCGCUGGUGGAGAUCCACUGCUCUCCGGACCUGCGCUUCUUCCUGUGCUCCAUGUAUACGCCCAUCUGCCUGCCCGACUACCACAAGCCGCUGCCGCCCUGCCGCUCGGUGUGCGAGCGCGCCAAGGCCGGCUGCUCGCCGCUCAUGCGGCAGUACGGCUUUGCCUGGCCGGAGCGCAUGAGCUGCGACCGCCUCCCGGUGCUGGGCCGCGACGCCGAGGUCCUGUGCAUGGAUUACAACCGCAGCGAGGCCACCACGGCGCCCCCCAGGCCCUUCCCGGCCAAACCCACCCUCCCGGGCCCAGCGGGGGCCCCGGCCUCCGGGGGCGAGUGCGCCGCCGGGGGCCCAUCGGUGUGCAAAUGCCGCGAGCCCUUCGUGCCCAUCCUGAAGGAGUCGCACCCGCUCUACAACAAGGUGCGCACGGGCCAGGUGCCCAACUGCGCGGUGCCCUGCUACCAGCCCUCCUUCAGCCCGGACGAGCGCACGUUCGCCACCUUCUGGAUUGGCCUGUGGUCUGUGCUGUGCUUCAUCUCCACCUCCACCACGGUGGCCACCUUCCUGAUAGACAUGGAACGCUUUCGCUACCCUGAGCGCCCCAUCAUCUUCCUGUCCGCCUGCUACUUGUGCGUGUCGCUGGGCUUCUUGGUGCGCCUGGUGGUGGGCCAUGCCAGCGUCGCCUGCAGCCGCGAGCACAGCCACAUUCACUACGAGACGACAGGCCCUGCGCUGUGCACUGUCGUCUUCCUGCUAGUCUACUUCUUCGGGAUGGCCAGCUCCAUCUGGUGGGUCAUCCUGUCGCUCACCUGGUUCUUGGCAGCUGGAAUGAAGUGGGGCAACGAGGCCAUCGCGGGCUAUGCACAGUACUUCCACCUGGCCGCGUGGCUCAUCCCCAGCGUCAAGUCCAUCACAGCGCUGGCACUGAGCUCCGUGGACGGGGACCCGGUGGCCGGCAUCUGCUACGUGGGCAACCAGAACCUGAACUCGCUCCGCGGCUUCGUGCUGGGCCCCCUGGUGCUCUACCUGCUGGUGGGCACCCUCUUCCUCCUGGCGGGUUUCGUGUCGCUCUUCCGCAUCCGUAGCGUCAUCAAGCAGGGCGGCACCAAGACGGACAAGCUGGAGAAGCUGAUGAUCCGCAUCGGUAUCUUCACGCUGCUCUAUACGGUGCCGGCCAGCAUCGUGGUGGCCUGCUACCUGUACGAGCAGCACUAUCGCGAGAGCUGGGAGGCUGCGCUCACCUGCGCGUGCCCAGGCCCCGACGCCGGCCAGCCGCGCGCUAAGCCCGAGUACUGGGUGCUCAUGCUCAAGUACUUCAUGUGCCUCGUGGUGGGCAUCACGUCGGGCGUCUGGAUUUGGUCCGGCAAGACUGUGGAGUCGUGGCGGCGCUUCACGAGUCGCUGCUGCUGCCGCCCGCGGCGGGGCCACAAGAGCGGCGGCGCGACGGCCGCCGGGGACUAUGAGGCGAGCGCAGCGCUCACGGGCAGGACCGGGCCGCCGGGCCCCCCCCCAGCCGCCGCCGCGGCCGCCGCCUACCACAAGCAGGUGUCCCUGUCUCACGUGUAG